CCUAAAAACAACAAAGACCCCCCAAAAAACCAAACACACUCUCUCUCUCUCUCUCUCUCUCUCUCGUUUCUCUCUCCACACUUCUUUUUGGUUACAGAAACUGCACUUGAAGGAGCUUGAAAUGAAAUGAAGAAUCUAUGCUUGUUGUUGUGAGUGAUCAAUUCAUGGAAAAGAGAGGAGAGCUAAAGACCGAAAAUUCGAUGCCGAAUUCGACAUUUUCUGGUCCGUUUCCGGCGAAUACUACUACUACUACUUCUUACGGUUUCCCGGGAAUCUUCGACAUGCCAUGUGAUGGUGAUAAGGGCUCUUCUUUAGGCUUCAUACACUUGUUGGGUAUCCAAGAUGACAAUCCUUCUUUAUUCGAUUUGUUCCAAACUCCGGUGAUUCCUUCUCCGGCGUCCGAGGUGGUGAAUACUCCGGCGACCCCCAAUUCUCUGUCAAUCUCUUCGUCGUCGAACGAAGCUGCAAAUGAUGAGCAGAACAAAACAACGGUGGAAGAAGAAGAUGAGCAGAAUCAAAAGAAGGCCAAGAAACAGUUGAAACCCAAAAAAACCCCAAAAAGGCCCAGAGAGCCGAGAUUUGCGUUCAUGACAAAGAGUGAGGCUGAUCACUUGGAUGAUGGGUAUAGAUGGAGGAAGUACGGCCAAAAGGCUGUGAAAAAUAGCCCUUUUCCAAGGAGCUACUACCGUUGCACCACCGCAGGAUGUGGUGUGAAAAAGCGAGUGGAGCGGUCUUCUGAUGAUCAGUCGAUCGUCGUCACGACCUACGAGGGCACGCACACGCAUCCGUGCCCGGUGGCACCACGUGGCAGUAUUGGAGUUAUGCCGGACUCCUCCGGUUUCGGUGGCAUUGGUGGUACUUCCUCUUUUGUUAUUCCACAACCUCAAUUCCAACCCUAUUUCCAUAACUCAAUCCCUUCUCUGGGCUUUACCAAUGCUACUAAUUCCCCAUUUCCAACAUUUUUUCAAGAAAGACAGUUUUACCCCUCACUGUCAUCGUCUUUGCUCAGAGACGAUGGACUUCUUCAGGAUAUCCUGCCUUCGCAGGUGCGAAAGGAGGCAAAACCCGAGUAGAAAAAAGUUGCCCGUUAUUGGUAUGUAAUUCUCUUACUGACUGGUCUUGAGGUUGAGGGUUAUCUUUAGAUAAGAACCCCACUUCUUCACCAUUACAUAGACUGAUUAUCACUGUAAAAUGGAGGAUAAUAGCUAGUUUAAUCCAUGGGUUCCUUUUGUUAUUCUUUGUAUUUAGAGAUCUUUUAUAGCUAUGGACAUUUUGGGGAUUUGUAUAUUCUCUUUUUUCGUUUAGUUGUGUCAUAUGAAUAUCUCCCUUAUUAUUAUUA